CCUAUCCUUCUUUCCCCUCUCCACCCCUCCUUUUCUCUCCCAUCCCUGCCUCUCCCCUGCAGGAAGGUUAGCACAGUGUACCCAGAGUUCUAGUCCGCAUCCUCUCCUGGAGGCUGGAGGCCCUGAGCCUGUGUCCUUGUCCCAGUGGUCAGCCGCAGGCCGAGGACAGAGGGAGGCUGGGUGUCCUGGGUUCCCGGGCUUUGUCUCGGCUGUGCCAUCCUGAGCCAAGCCCUUCACACCCACCCGGGGAAAGAGGGAGGCCAACCCGGGGGUCUGGCCUCCACGAGGGAACCGAGGCCGACCUGUGGCCGGAGUGGCCUGGUCGUGCAUCGUGCGAUUUGUGUAUCUUUGGGUGAGCCGGUUUCCCCUCCGUGGGUCCGGAGGCUCCUUCCCCCCAAUGCGCGCUUUCCUGGGACCCCUCCGUCUGUCUGCAUCCGUGGUCCCAGUGCCUAUCUCUGAGAGGAUCCACCCAACCACGGGAGGACGUGGGGCUGUUCCUGGGUGUCUGCCUGGGGGUACAUGUGUGUGGAUGUGGGUGUAUAUGUGCGUGGGCGUAACAAGCCCGAGCGAUCUCCAGGAGCUGGGCGGGCCCGGCCUCAGUCUCCACCGCCACCGACACACCGUCCCUCCCAAACUGGUUGUGUGAGGUGUGUGUGAGUGUGGGUGUGUCGCCCAGGGCUGCUCGCUCAACUCACCUUGGGGGUGUGGUGGGAGAAAGAGGAGCAGGAGGAGGAGGAGGGGCCUCCCAGAAACUGGGCUUCCCCGGCCUGCAGCGCAGCGCGCCCAGUCUGCUGGGGACUCACACGGGGGGAGCCAGGGGAGCGAGCCCGCCCGCCCGUCCACCCGUGUCCACACGUCCGGCCCUCCUGCCUUCCUUCCAUCCCUCCUGCCGCCGCCGCCGCCGCCGCCGUCAUGUUCAAGGGCUUGAGCAAGGGCUCCCCGGGGAAGGGGUCACCCAAGGGCUCCCCUGCCAGGGGCUCCCCGAAGGGCUCCCCCAGCAAGCACAGCAGGGCCUCCACCCAGGAGCUGGCCCUGCUCAUCUCCCGGAUGCAGGCCAACGCCGACCAAGUGGAGAGAGAUAUCCUGGAGUCCCAGAAGAGGCUGCAGUUGGACAGAGCGAGCAGCGAGCAAUGCCAGGCUCUGCAGUACCAGCAGGAGACAGGCCGCGACCUGAAGGAGGCGGAGACGUUGCUUAAAGAUCUGUUCCUGGACGUGGACAAGGCCAAGCGGAUGAAGCACCCCCAGGCGGCGGAGAUAGAGAAGGACAUCAAGCAGCUGCAUGAGCGGGUGACUCAGGAGUGUGCCGAGUACCGGGCCCUGUAUGAGAAGGUGGUACUGCCGCCCGGGGUGGGGACCAAGGUGGACUGGUCCCGGCUGCUGGAGCAGAAGCAGAAACAGGUGUGCGAGGGGCAGUUUGGACCAGGCAUGCCAGAGCUGGAGCAGCAGAUCGCCGAGCACAAUGUCCUGCAAAAAGAGAUCGAGGCCUACGGGCAGACCCUGCUCAACCUGAGUGGCCCAGAUGCAGCAACUAUCAAGAAUCAGUAUCGGGACCUGCUGAAAGCGGCCUCCUGGCGCGGGCAGAGCCUGGGCAGCCUCUACACCCACCUGCAGGGCUGCACCCGGCAGCUCAACGCGCUGGCGGACCAGCAACGCCGCAUCCUGCAGCAGGAUUGGAGCGACCAGAUGGCUGACCCCGCUGGCUUGCGGAGGGAGUAUGAGCACUUCAAGAGCCACGAGCUGCUGGCGCAGGAGCAGUGUGUGAACCAGCUGGAGGAUGAUGGGGAGCGUAUGAUCGAGCUGAACCACCCUGCCGUGGGGCCCAUCCAGGUUCACCAGGAGGCCCUGAAGACCGAGUGGCAGAACUUCCUGAACCUGUGCAUCUGCCAGGAGAGCCAGCUGCAGCGCGUGGAGGACUAUCGCAGGUUCCAGGACGAUGCGGACUCGGCGGACCAGGUCCUGAGGAAGCUGAGCUCCGACCUGGACACCAAGCUCAGCCCAGACGGCCGCGGGACCCCGGGGACCCCAUCCGAUCUGGGCCGGCCGCUGGAGAGCGAAGAGAAGCAGCUGAUCAUGGCCGAGAAGACGGUGCAGGAUCUGCAGCGGCGGUGCCAGGACAUCGCCCCCUUGCCCCUUCGCCGGACCCCGCCCUCCCAGCCCCUCCGCGUGGACGCCAUCUGCGAUUGGGAUGCUGGGGACGUGCAGUUAUUGCGGGGAGAGACCUACACCCUGAAGGAUAACAGUCACCCCGAGACCUGGCUGGUGCAGGGCCCUGGCGGGGAGUCCAAGCCAGCCCCCGCCGCCUGCUUCUCUAUCCCAGGCCCCAACCCCGAGGCCGUGGCCAGGGCCCGCAGGCUGGAGGCAGAACUGUGGGCGCUGAAGCAGAAGAAAGCAGCUGUGGAGAGCAGCCUAGGUGCCAGGGGCAGUGCCAGCCCUGCCAAGCCCAUCCAACCCACCCAGCAGGGCCCAGGCUCGGGUCCAGACCCAGCCGCCGGCUCCGGCCGCAUUGACCCCCAUGCCCAGAAGGUCCUGACCCGGCUGACUGGACUGGAAAAGGACCUGACUCAGACGGAGCAGGAGAUCCUGGGCCGGCUACGAGCCCCACUGAGCCGCCAUGCUCCCGUGGAGGACCUUACUGCUCGCCUUCGGGGCCAGGAGGCCACGGCCCGGCAGCUGCAAGGCCUGGGGGCGGACAAGGAGGCGGCCCAACGGGAGUGCGAGGCCUUGCUGUCCUCUCGGCCGGCCGGCCCCGCCGCCCUGCAGCUGCCCGUGGCCCUCAAUAACGUGAAGAACAAGUUCAGUGACGUGCAGGCGCUCUGCGCCCUCUACGGGGAGAAGGCCAAGGCCUCCCUGGAACUGGAGCAGCAGAUCCAGAAGUCAGACCAGUUGAUUCAAACAUUUGAAGCUGCCCUGGGCCAGGAGGCACCUCUGGCCGCCGGCCCCGGGGCGCUGCAGGACCGGGCCGGGGAGCUGCAGCGUCAGCGGCGCGAGCUGCAAGCCCAGCAGGCCUGCGUGCUGGGCCUGCACCGGGGGCUGAAGGCGACGGAGCAGGGCUGCGGGGCUCUGCAGAACAACUUCCGCGAGUUCUGCCAGGACCUGCCCCGACAGCGGCAGCGGGUGCAGCGCCUCACCGACCGCUACCACGCUGUGGCCGACCAGCUGGACACGCAGGAGAAGACCAUUCAGGACGCCUCCCUCACGUACCAACAGUUCAAGAACAGCAACGAGAACCUGACGUCGUGGCUGGCCCACCUGCCCUGCAACAGCGCGCGGCCCAACGACGGGCCCAGCCAGGUCAACUACAAGCUGCAGGCUCAGAAGCGGCUGGUCCAGGAGAUCCAGAACAAGGAGGAGGACCGCAACACCGUACUCCGUCUCUCCCGGGACCUGCAGGGGGCUCUCCAAGAUUACGAGCUGCAGACAGACAAGUACCGCUGCUCCUUGGACCCCACCCUGACCGUGCCCGCCCCCAAGAAGCCCUCGAUCAGCCCUCUGCAAGAGAGCAUCCAAGCCCAGGAAAAGGCUGUGGUCCAGCGCUUCACAGAGGUGGCAGCCCAGAACCGGCAGCAGCUCAGCCAGCUGGAGUUUGCCCGGAAGGUGAUGGAGAAGAAGGAGAGCAGCGAGGAUGUGCAGGAGGCCUCCGAGGGGAGCCUGGGGGCAGAGCGCCCGGUUGGGGCGGGCACGGAAGCGGUGGCGGCGACGCUGAAGGGGCAGCUGGAGAAGGAGCGUCAGCGGGUGGCCCAAGUUCAGCAGGAGCUGGAGGAGCAGAGGGCCCAGCUCCUGUUGCUGAAGACCCAGCGGCCCGUGGAGAGACUGGAGGAGAAGGAGGUGGUGGAGGUGUACCGCGACCCCGGACUCGAGAGCGGCCUGUCCGAGAUGAGGGCCCAGCUGGAGGCCGAAGGCAAGGAGCGGGCCAGGGUCCGGGCAGAGCUGGAGGCCGCGGCCCGGGAGGUGGCCCGGCUGGAGGGCCAGAGGAAGGCCGUCCAGCCCGAGCUGCUGACCAAGGAGGUCACCCAGGUGGAGCGGGACCCCGGGCUGGAGGCUGAAGCUGCCCAGCUCCGCGCCGCGGCCCAGCAGCUCCGGGAGGAGGGCGCCGCGGCCGGGACACAGCUCGAGCGACUCAGGGAAGAGCUGCUGACCCUGGAGAGACGGCCGGCCCCCGCCGUCCAGGAGAAGGUGGUGGUCAAGGAGGUGAUCAAGCUGGAGAAGGACCCAGAGAUGGUCAGGGCGGCCCAAGCCCUGCAGCGGCAGCUGGAGGAGGACGGGUGCCGCCGACAGGAGGCCGAGGAGGCGGCCCUUCGCCUGCGGGACCGCAUCCGGGAGCUGGAGCAGCUCAUCGGGGCCGUGGAGCCCAAGGUGGUGGUGAAGGAGGUGAAGAAGGUGGAGCAGGACCCCGGGCUGCAGAGGGAGUCGGCCCGGCUGAGGAGCCUGCUGGACGAGGAGCGGGGCCGGAACGCGGCCCUGUGCGGGGAGCUGCAGGACCUGCGGGCCCGGCUCAGCCUGGCGGAGCAGCGGAAGCCCAGGGUGGAGGUCAAGGAGCGGGUCCACGAGACCUUCCGGGUGGACCCGGAGACGGAGCGGGAGAUCGCCCGGCUCCAGCGGGAGGUGCGGGAGACGGCGGCCAAGAGGAGCGCCGUGGAGAAGGAGGUGGAGCGGGUCCUGCCGGAGCUGAGCGCCCUGCGGGCCCGGCAACCCAAGCUGGAGUACCAAGAGGUGGUCCAGGAGGUGGUCAAGCACGAGAAGAGCCCGGAGGUGCUGCGGGAGAUCGACCGGCUGAAGGCCCAGCUGAACGAGCUGGUGAACGCCCACGGCCGGGCCCAGGAGCAGCUGAUCCGGCUGGGCGGCGAGCGGGACGAGUGGAAGCGGGAGCGGUCCAAGGUGGAGACCAAGACGGUCACCAAGGAGGUGGUGCGGCACGAGAACGACCCCGUGCUGGAGAAGGAGGCCGAGCGGCUGCGCCUGGAGGUGCAGGGGGCGGCGCAGAAGCGCCGGGCGGCCGAGGCGGCCCUCUUCGAGGUGCAGAGCCGGCUCCUCCUGCUGGAGCGGCGGCGGCCCGAGGAGCGGGUCGUGGUGCAGGAGGUGGUGGUCACCCGCCGGGACCCGCAGCUGCAGGAAGAGCACAGCCGCCUGAGCCGUGGGCUGGAUGAGGCGGCGGGCCAGCGGCGGCUCCUGGAGCGGGAGGCCCAGCAGCUACGGGCGGCGGUGGCCGAGGACGAGGCCCGGCUCACCUUCCAGGAGGAGCGCAACAAGCGGCUAGCCGCCGAGAAGGAGCUGCGGCGCCUGGGCCUACGGCUCCGGGAGCUGCGGGAGCGGCCGCCCCCGGUGGCCCCGGAGAAGGUCAUCACCGAGGAGGUGGUCCAGCUGGAGCGGGAUCCGGAGGUGGAGCGGGCCGUGGGGGCCCUGCGGCGGGAGCUGGAGGCCGAGAAGCAGCACGGGGCCGAGCUGGGGCGGGAGCGCGUGGGCCUGCAGGGCCGGAUCGAGGCCCUGCGGCAGACCAAGGGCCAGGAGAAGACCGUCUACAAGGAGGUGGUCCGGGUGGAGCGAGACCGGGCCCUGGAGGGCGAGCGGGCCCGUGUCUGGGAGCAGCUCAGUCAGGAGCGGGCCGCCCGGCAGGGCCGGGAGGGGACCGUGCGCCAGCUCCAGGGGCGCGUGGAGCGGGCCGAGGCCCAGGGGCGGACCUGGGCCCGCGAGGAGGCGGACCUGCAGAGGGCCAGGCAACAGGCCAGCCAGGAGCGCGCCCAGCUGGAGCGGGAGACGCGCGAGCUGGAGCGCCAGAGGCAGCAGGCGGUGCAGGAGCUGCGCGAGGAGGCCAGGCUGGCCGACCGCAAGAGUGAGAGCGAGCGCCAGCGGAAGGCCCUGUGCGGCCAGGAGUUGGCCCGGCUGGAGGUGGCCAUCCUGGCCGAGAAGGACCAGAUCUACGAGAAGGAGCGGACCCUGCGCGACCUCCAGGCCAAGAUCAACCGGGAGGAGCUGGGCCAAGAGACCCAGACCUGCGAGACCAACCUCUCCACGACCAUCUCCGUCCUCGACCCGGACACGGGUGGGGACCUGUCCCCCUGUGAGGCCUACCAGCGGGGCAUCGUCGACCGCGCCCAGUACGCCCAGCUGCGGGCCCUGGAGUGCGACUGGGAGGAGGUCACCACCUCGGCCCUGGGCGGCGAGGCCUCGGUCCUCCUGGACAAGAAGAGCGGCCGGCGCUACUCGAUCCAGGAGGCCCUGCGCUGCCGCCGGGUCACCGAGGACGAGCUGCGGCUCUACCGCAGCGGGCGGCUGCCCGUGGCCGAGUUCGCCCUGCUGGUGUCGGGCGAGGCCGGGCCCCAUCCCGCGGCCCCCGGCGGGGCCGGUUCCCCGCCCAUCUCGCCCGGCCCCGCCCGGCCCCCGGCCCGCUGCUUCUCCCCGGGCCCGGGCGGCGACGCCUUCCCCAUCGCCGGCGUCUACGACCCUGCUGCCGACUCCAAGUGCGGCAUCAGGGCGGCCAUGGCCAGGGGGCUCCUGGACCCCAUCACGGGGCAGAAGCUGCUGGAGGCCCAGGCGGCCACGGGCGGCAUCGUGGACCUCCUGACCCGGGAGCGCUUCUCGGUCCACAAGGCCAUGGAGCGCGGGCUCGUGGACGACACCUCCACCCAGCGGCUGCUCAAUGCCCAGAAGGCCUUCACGGGCAUCGAGGACCCGGUCACCAAGAAGCGGCUGGCCGUGGGCGAGGCCGUCCAGAAGGGCUGGAUGCCCCGGGAGAGCGCCCUGCCCCACCUGCAGGUCCAGCACCUGACCGGCGGCCUCAUCGACCCCAAGCGGGCCGGCCGCAUCCCCGUAUCGCAGGCCCUGCAGAUGGGCAUGAUCAGCGGCGAGCUGGCCGAGCUCCUGCAGGACGAGUCCGGCUACGAGAAGGAGCUGACGGACCCCGUCUCCAAGGAGAGGCUGAGCUACAAGGAGGCCAUGGGCCGCUGCCGCCAGGACCCCCUGACCGGCCUCCUGCUCCUCCCGGCCGCCCCGGGGGGCUGCCUCCCCUGCUGCUCCCCCGCCCCGUCUCGCCGUCUGCUGUGAGGGGCCGCCGGGACCCCGUGCGGGAGGCCCGCGGCUGCUCUGUCCCAGGGAAGGGGCCCCCUUCCCCCCCGCUUACCGCCAACCCCACCCUCCCCCAGCCCUCCCCCCAGGUCCCGGGAGUUGCCGCUGUCACCCUGCCGCAUGCAAUAAACUCCGCUGCUGGGG